GAUACAUUUAAUUUACAGCUGUCUCUCUGUCUCACGCUGCUCACUUGCCGCCAUAGCCACCGUCGAAGCUCACUGCACCACCACCGGCGACCGUUAAAUUGCUCAAUUGAUGCACAAAUGUCUUCCUUAUGUCAUGAUCCAACACCUACUCGAAGAGCACAAUCGACCUGUCAGCAAGAAGCGGUUGCUUGUAACGAUGAAACCGAAGGGCUAUCCGUGGAUGUGGAUAAACAACAAACUAUAUCGGAGGAUGACGUUGAAAAGACAGAGCUACCUGCGCAAGGGGAACUAAAUACGUGUGAAUCUGACAAAAAUCAAGAACCAUGUGAGGGUAUGCUGUUUGAAUCAGACGAAGCAGCAAGAACGUUUUACGAUGAUUACGCAGGGCGGGUUGGUUUCGUUACCCGUGUUUUAUCUUCCCGUAAGUCAGAGAGAGACGGAACGAUUAUUUCUCGCGGACUUGGAUGUAGAGGGGAUAUAGAAAAUCACAAAAAGGAGACCGUUACGGUUAAGAAAAAGAAUAAGGGUAGAGAAAAUUGUGCGGCAAUGAUUUUAGUUAAGCGACAGAAACCCGGGAAUUGGGUUGUCAGGAAAUUUAUAAAGGAACACAACCAUCCACUUCGUGUUUCGGUUUUGCAGAGACGACCCCUGUUUGAUGAGAAAGACAAGAGAAUUCAGGAACUAAGUGCUGAAUUGCGUGUAAAGAAGCGGUUAACUGCAUCGUAUCGGGAACAACUUCUUGCUAUAAUGAAAGAUGUUGAUGGGCACAACGAAUAUCUAUCUUCAAAAGUUGAAAUUGUACGUAAUAAUUUAAAAAAGCUUGAAGCAAACAUCCUCCAGGGUUCAGAUACAGACCAACUGCCGUAUGUGAGGUAAGAGUACCGGCUUUACUCUGGUGUUUUAAAGUAGCAGUAAACAGAGGUCGGCUUGUAUGACUGUAAGCAUAUAUCAACAAAGGUGCUUGAUCGGUACAAAAAAAAAAUGUUGGAAUAUCCACGUCACCAUAAUGUCUUUCAGGACUAGGUUGCGAAAAGGUGAGUACCUUGAUGCCUAACUUAGUAAAGAUAUAUGUAGAGAAUACUCGAAGUAUAUAUGAAUAUGAAUGAGAACCAAGUAUGUUAACUAGUUUCCUUGAAGCACUAACCUUUAGGGGUAGUACUUACGGUUGUAAAUUAUUUGUAUCGCUCCUGAUAGGUUCGUAAAAGCUCUACCAAGCUGAAGUCAAAGUUAAAGAAACUCUGGCUGAAAUUAAAGGAUGUUUAACAAA